UUGUAAAAUGCUGUGAAAAUUUUAAGUCGGCCGAUGGAAAAUCGCCGUUUCACUGCCUAUCUUCGAGGACCGAAUUUUCGAAGAAAUUUCUACCGAGGUGGAAUAGAGAAUGGCAGAUCGAUUCCCUUGCAUUCGAGUUGUCAUAUCAAACUGUAUCGACGUUAUAUAUAUACAGUUUUAAGUGUACUAGUUACAUGUUAAGAGAAGAACAAUCAUUGGAUAUAGCGUCUUCUCAUUGAAGACCUGAAGUUUGAGGCUGAGAGUAGCUCGUUGACACUUGAACAUUGGGUCUUGAACAGAGGGACACGAUAUACAGGAUCACGAAGAGGAGAGAUGGACUCGCUGGAGCGGUUGAUAAGCUCCGGAUCGCACCAGCCAGCCCUGACGGCAGCCACGCGGUCACAGAACGCCUUCGUCCAGGCCAACCUCUGCUCUGUGAUCGGACGUAAGGGUCGUCACCUGACUGGCACGUUUUGCUUAACGGGGGACACGAUGGAGGGCAUCAUACAGUGUCUGGUGUUCCUGAAAGCGUUUUCGCUGGUAGGCGGCGAAUUCGACAUGGAACUGAACUUCGUGAUUCAGGACGCACAGAACAUCAGGCAUAUGCUGGAACUGCUCGAUCAUUGCCCGCCCAAUCUCCAGGCCGAAAUAUGGAGCGUGUUCAUCGCCAUUUUGAGGAAGAGCGUGCGGAAUCUACAAGCGUGUACAGACGUAAGCCUCAUCGAACACGUGCUGCUUCGAUUGUCCCGCGCGGAAACUGUCGUCGCAGAUCUAUUAAUCGACAUGCUUGGAGUGUUGGCCAGCUACAGCAUAACGGUGAAGGAGCUGAAACUUUUAUUCGGUGCUAUGAAAGCUGUAAAAGGGAAAUGGCCACGACACUCGGCGAAACUGUUAAACGUGCUCCGUCAGAUGCCGCAACGGAACGGACCCGACGUGUUUUUUAGUUUCCCCGGUAGAAAGGGAUCGGCAAUCGUUCUGCCACCGCUCGCAAAAUGGCCACACGAGAAUGGUUUCACGUUUACCACAUGGUUCCGCCUGGACCCCAUCAACUCCGUUAAUAUCGAACGAGAAAAGCCGUACCUCUACUGUUUUAAAACUAGCAAGGGAGUGGGAUACUCCGCGCAUUUCGUAGGGAACUGCUUGGUCCUCACCUCUAUGAAAGUGAAGGGCAAGGGCUUCCAGCAUUGUGUCAAAUAUGAAUUUCAACCACGAAAGUGGUAUAUGAUCGCCGUAGUGUACAUAUAUAAUAGGUGGACGAAGAGCGAAAUUAAAUGUUUGGUCAACGGUCAAUUGGCUUCGAGUACUGAAAUGGCGUGGUUCGUUUCAACAAACGACCCGUUUGACAAAUGUUACAUCGGGGCUACACCGGAACUGGAUGAAGAGCGCGUGUUUUGCGGACAAAUGAGCGCUAUUUAUCUGUUCAGCGAAGCUCUGACGACGCAUCAGAUAUGCGCUAUGCAUAGACUGGGGCCUGGAUAUAAGAGUCAGUUUCGUUUUGACAACGAGUGUUACCUGAAUCUGCCUGACAAUCACAAAAGGGUGAGUGAUGAGCCGGAGCUCACGAGCAUGGUGGACCAAAGUAUGCAAACUGUGCUUUACGAUGGAAAACUGUCGAAUGCGAUUGUGUUCAUGUACAACCCGGUAGCAACGGAUUCUCAACUUUGCUUGCAAAGCGCACCGAAAGGCAACGUCUCCUAUUUUGUACAUACACCACACGCCCUUAUGCUACAGGAUGUUAAAGCUGUCAUCACGCAUUCCAUUCAUAGCACGUUAAAUUCGAUUGGUGGCAUUCAAGUGUUGUUCCCUUUGUUCUCGCAACUAGAUAUGCCUUACGAUUGUAUAGCUCCCAACGAUGUUAAACGAGAUCCAACGUUAUGCUCGAAAUUGUUGGGGUUUAUUUGCGAUCUUGUGGAGAGUUCGCAAACGGUGCAGCAACACAUGGUGCAAAACCGUGGGUUUUUGGUGAUCAGUUACAUGCUGCAGAGAGCGAGCAGAGACCAUCUUACGACGGAAGUUCUCGCUUCCUUUUUGGAGCUGACGAAACAUCUGGUCACUUGUCUUAGCGCGAACAGCGACUUGUUAUUGAAACAGUUGUUUUACUUUUCAUUCCUAACAUGGCAGCUAUUGGACCACGUCCUUUUUAAUCCCGCUCUGUGGAUAUAUACGCCGGCUCCGGUGCAAACCCGGCUUUAUUCGUACUUGGCCACAGAGUUCCUCAGUGACACGCAAAUAUAUUCUAACGUAAGGAGAGUGUCCACGGUGUUGCAAACGGUUCACACGCUCAAGUACUAUUACUGGGUCGCCAAUCCUCGAGCAAAGAGUGGAAUCACUCCCAAAGGACUUGAUGGGCCGAGGCCGCAGCAGAAGGAUAUUUUGACAAUACGUUCUUACAUUUUGUUAUUUCUGAAGCAAUUGAUUAUGAUAGGGAAUGGGGUGAAGGAUGACGAGCUGCAAAGUAUAUUGAAUUAUCUGACGACAAUACACGAGGAUGAAAAUUUACACGACGUUUUGCAAAUGCUUAUAUCUUUAAUGUCGGAACAUCCCUCGUCCAUGGUGCCUGCUUUCGACGCGAAACAAGGCGUCAGGACGAUUUUUAAGUUGUUAGCGGCGGAGAGCCAAUUAAUACGUUUACAAGCCUUGAAAUUGUUGGGAUUCUUUUUAAGCCGCAGUACACACAAAAGGAAAUAUGACGUAAUGAGCCCUCACAAUCUCUACACGUUAUUGGCCGAAAGAUUAUUGUUGAACGAGGAAACUUUGUCAUUGCCUACCUACAACGUUUUAUACGAGAUCAUGACGGAGCACAUUAGUCAACAGAUCCUCUACGCAAGGCAUCCUGAACCAGAAUCCCAUUAUCGGUUGGAAAAUCCAAUGAUCCUUAAGGUAGUGGCGACUCUGAUUCGACAAUCAAAACAAACGGAACAAUUGCUCGAAGUGAAGAAGCUGUUCCUCUCGGAUAUGACAUUGUUGUGCAACAACAAUCGAGAGAAUCGUCGAACUGUUCUACAGAUGUCUGUAUGGCAGGAGUGGCUUAUAGCCAUGGCGUACAUUCAUCCGAAGAACACGGAAGAGCAAAAAAUCUCGGACAUGGUGUACUCGUUGUUUCGCAUGCUUCUUCACCAUGCUAUCAAACACGAGUACGGUGGAUGGCGCGUAUGGGUGGACACCUUGGCCAUCGUGCACUCCAAGGUAUCCUACGAGGAAUUUAAGCUUCAAUUUGCUCAGAUGUACGAGCAUUACGAAAGGCAAAGAUCGGAUAACAUCACGGAUCCUGAGCUGAGACAGCAAAGGCCAAUCAGUACUAUCUCCGGCUGGGAUCAACAGCAUUCGGGGAAUAAUGGUUAUAACAAACCGUCACCAUGGAGCAAUCAACAGACUCACGAUGUGCAACACGUGGAGAGGAAUUACAAGGAGUUCGACACAACGGAGGGUAAUGACAGGCUGGAGGAGUCGUGCAGCUGCGACUUGAACUCGAUAGACAACACGGAGAGCGAUGGGAGUCCUGCGAUCGUCAAGUCUCGCAGCGAGACGUUGGACACCGCGCAAUCGAGCGAGGCGAUAUCCCUGGAUUCGAGGCUGAGCGACAAACCAGAGACGCCAACGACAGCGCGAGAAAUCCACACGGAUACGCCUACGAUCCUCGAGGAAGGGAACAGCGAGGCGGCCUCCAUCCCGACUACCCAAGAAACCAGCGAGGCGAUAUCGAUAGAGAGCUCGAGCGAUUUCUACAGCGAGGUUCACAAGAUCGAGGGUUCCAGCCCGGAUUCCAUGGUGGUGCAAGAAGUUCUGAAGAAGGACGACGAUCCUUCGGAGCUUGGAUCGCAGGACGGAGCUGUCCCUCGCCGACCAUCCGAAAAGAAAACGGAGGAGCAGGAGGAGGAGGAGAGCGUGCAGGAGGAAGACGCGGAACAGUCGAAGGAAACGACGGGAACGCGAGAUAACGCGGACGAGUGUAACGUUUCCCACGCUCAAAAGGCGCAAGACGAGGGUGAAACCGAGGAAGUGGAAGGUGAAACGGAAGUGGAGGUUGGAGGAGAGGAGCUGAUCUCCGAAACCGGGAUCGUCGAAGCCUGCGUCGAAGCUGGAACUGAGGUUGAAGCGGACGGUGAAACUGAAGUCGAGGCUCCAUCGAGGUUGGAAGAGGCGAGGAAUAAAGAGAUCUCGAGUUCGGUGGACAACGUUGCCUCGAACGGGGAGACAUCCGCGGAGAUCGUUCUCGAUAAGGAGGAAGAGGGAAGGGAGAAAAGCGUGGAGGAGGAAAGCGUUGUCGCUUCAACGGAGCGAGCCGAUUCGUUCGAACACGCGCCGUCAUCCGUUCCCUCGAGCGAGACGCCGGAGCCAUUGAUCAUCAAGGAUAUCGAGAAGCUGCAAUUGGAGAACGAUCGCGAGGUGAUCGACAGCGAUACCUCGGAGGCUUACUUGACGCCGACCGAGAAUCAAGAUAAUCUGGGCGAUAUGAAGGCGAAGGAACCGUUGGAGAAGAUGGAGGAGAGCGAGAAGGGGGCGGGUGUCGACGUUGAGAAGAGCGAGAACGACACAGGGGAGACCGGGAAAAAUUCCAAUUGCUCAACUAGCGUAAUAGAGAGUAACGUGGCCGACGAGGAGAAGAAGAAGAGCGUAGACGUAGACGAGGGGAAAGUGGAUACAGUAGUAGUGACUAGUGAGUUAAGUAGUGAGAAAUGCGCCGUGGACUCUGUGAAAGAGGAGAAAAGUGCCGUUGUUAACGUUGAUAACGGGGUGAAGGUUACUGACAAACAUUCAAGGGAGCCGUCCACUAUUUCUACUAACGUAAGUGAUAAUCAGUCAGACAUUCCAGUGAGAACCGAGAACGAGGUAGAAGUAACAGAUAGUGUUUGUAGUAAUAGCGAUAUUCAAAGUUCUGUAGAUAAUGUGACGCAAGUGCCAAAUCCUAAACAGCAAAUUCCAACAAUAUCUACGGUCUGUGAUGCAAAUAAAAAUAUGCCCGACGGUGUGCCUCAAAUCGUUAGUUCUACAGUGGUUGCGAGGGAUAAUUCUUUGUUGAAUGAGUUAACUUCGGAUCACGUAGAUGCUCAUCGCAGAUCCAGCUUGCCUGUGGCUGUGUCCUCCGAGACGACCACCGACGAUAAUAACGUAAACGAACCUCCCUCCUUACCUGUCCCCUUGCGGAAAACAUCGUCACCUCAGAAACGACCAAGGAGUGCCUCAACGUCCACGCAAGUGGAUCCGAAUCAUUUCGAAUCAAAACGAUCGAAGCAAGGUAAUCCUUCUACGAGACCAAUGUUCAGUCCAGGGCCGACUCGUCCUCCUUUCAGAAUACCAGAGUUCAAAUGGUCUUACAUACAUCAAAGAUUACUCUCGGAUGUUCUCUUUUCGUUAGAGACGGACAUUCAAGUUUGGAGAAGCCAUUCAACCAAAUCGGUGCUGGAUUUCGUGAACAGCAGCGAAAACGCAAUUUUUGUUGUUAAUACCGUUCAUCUAAUUUCCCAACUUGCCGACAAUCUUAUUAUCGCCUGUGGAGGAUUGUUACCGCUUCUAGCUUCGGCCACCUCGCCAAAUAGCGAAUUGGAUGUAAUUGAACCAACUCAGGGGAUGCCAAUUGAGGUAGCAGUUUCUUUUCUGCAAAGACUAGUCAACAUGGCUGAUGUACUUAUCUUCGCCAGCUCUUUAAAUUUCGGUGAACUGGAGGCUGAGAAGAAUAUGUCUAGUGGCGGUAUUCUAAGGCAGUGUUUAAGACUGGUCUGUACAUGUGCCGUUAGAAACUGCUUAGAGUGUAAAGAACGUGGCAGAUCGUACAGCAUGUUAGGUCGGCAGAUUGGUUCUAGUAAUAAAUCACAGCACAUACAGUCUCUUAUACGUGGAGCUCAAACAUCACCCAAGAACAUAGUGGAUAAUCUGGCACAUCAAUUAAGUCCUGUCAAAGAUCCUGAGAAAUUGCUGCAAGAUAUGGACGUGAACCGCUUAAGAGCUGUGAUAUACAGAGAUGUUGAAGAAACCAAGCAGGCCCAGUUUCUGUCCCUCGCUAUAGUUUACUUCAUCUCUGUACUGAUGGUAUCAAAAUAUCGUGAUAUAUUGGAACCACCAAUAUCCCAACGUCCACCAAGUCCAAUUCAAACAAUACAGACUAAUGGUGCUAGUUUAAGACCAGGUAGCCCUUCAGCAGAUGGGAAUGGUGGUGGAGGAGGGCGGCCCCUGUUUCCACAGUGGUCUCACCACGUGUACCCACAGUUCCUCCCGGGAUCUCACCCUAACGCCAAUGCGAAUGCCAAUGCCAAUGCCAACCACCACAUGAACCAGCACCACCACCAGCACCCGCUACCGGCUGCCAGGCACUCUAAUCGCCAGCCCCCCUCCAACUAUUAUCUCCCGAAUCACCACAGUAAUCAUUACAACCAUCAUCCGAAUAACCAUAACUACCAUCGUCAUCAUCAUUACCAUCAUCACAAUAACAACAAUCAUCAUCAUACGCUUCAAAAACAUAUCGAUCAGCCCCGAAAUCUCUGUCAUAGAAACUCCGGUGUUGGUCUGCAAGGGAGCGGAGGUAUUAUGAGCCAAGCCGGUUCACAAGACGACGGUGAAUACGAGGUGAUAAUCGUCGACGAGAACAACUCGUCGAUCCUGGCGGAUCACGACGUUACGUCGUCUGGACCUCCAUCGACCAAGGGAGGUCACAGUGGCGUACCUCGGCCACGGACAAUUCUCGAGGAUUACACCUCGUCAGAACCAACGCUUGGCUCUUCGACAAGAUCCACUGAACCACUGCCACGAAAUGUCCAGAGUAACGACUCGAGCGAAGAAACGAUGCAUCGUAGCAAUAUUACCGCGGAUGUCAGCCCUUCCGAGGUUGCAACGGAUAACGAGAAUAAACACAAUUCCUCCGAGGAAGCAUGGACCGACGUAAAUCUGAACGAAGACGGAGACACUAUCCCGAUCACGAAUCAAAGGGAAGACCCGCGAAACAUUCACAACAUGGCGCACUCUCGCGGUGAAAUCCAAGACAGCGAAGGCAACGUUCUGGAGCAAGGGAUGAUGGGGAAUACGGAACGCGGUGAGAAACCUUCCGGUGAGAUCUCGGUGGUUCGCGUGUCGGACAGAUUGGUGAUGACUUCCGCGUCGCCACGACCCGAUGAGUUACCGAUCAAGGGACUGGUCGAUCAUCUUCCGGUCCCGACACCCUCGCGCGAGGCCUCGCUCACGCAGAAACUGGAAAUGGCGCUUGGCUCCGUUUGCCCGCUUCUGCGCGAGAUCAUGGUCGAUUUUGCCCCUUUCCUCUCGAAAACGCUCGUCGGCUCUCAUGGGCAGGAAUUGCUGAUGGAAGGCAAAGGUAGGACUCGUUUAACCACCUUCAAAAACAGCAAUUCGGUGGUGGAAUUGGUGAUGUUACUAUGUUCCCAAGAAUGGCAGAACUCGUUGCAGAAACACGCGGGCCUUGCUUUCAUCGAGCUCAUUAACGAGGGAAGGUUACUGUCUCACGCGAUGAAGGAUCAUAUCGUAAGAGUGGCCAACGAGGCUGAAUUUAUCCUCAAUCGUAUGAGAGCGGACGAUGUGCUCAAACAUGCCGACUUCGAGUCGCAAUGCGCUCAAACAUUGCUCGACCGACGGGAGGAGGAAAGGAUGUGCGAUCAUCUGAUCACAGCCGCACGAAGACGGGAUAACGUUAUUGCUAGUAGAUUAUUGGAGAAGGUCCGUAAUAUUCUGUCUAACAAACAUGGCGCUUGGGGAUACAUGGAUCCAAUGGCUGCAAAGUUGGCCGAAUACUGGAAGCUAGAUGCUUGGGAGGAUGAUGCACGUAGACGUAAGCGUUUCGUGCACAAUCCACUAGGCUCGAGCCAUCCCGAAGCUACACUGAAGGCGGCCCUCGAACACGGUGCACCCGAGGAUGCGAUCCUUCAAGCGCGUGAAGAGUUUCACGCGCAUCUCGCAGCCUCGCGUGCACACCAGCAGCAAUUGCAGUCGGCGGAUCUGAUGGACGACAGUGAGCUGUUGUCGGACGACAGAGACCUCGAUAACGAUCUGACAGGCCCGGUGAACAUCAGCACGAAAGGAAAAUUGAUCGCGCCCGGUAUCGUGGCUCCCGGUAUUAUCUCUGUGACGUCCACGGAACUUUACUUCGAGGUGGACGAGGACGACCCAGAGUUCAAGAAGAUCGACAGCGAGGUGCUCAAGUACUGCGAUCAUCUUCACGGAAAAUGGUACUUCUCGGAGGUGCGCGCGAUAUUCUCGCGGCGAUAUCUGCUCCAGAACGUGGCCAUCGAGAUAUUCCUGGCCAGCCGAACCUCGAUCCUGUUCGCGUUCCCGGACCAGGCGACGGUGAAAAAGGUGAUCAAGGCGCUACCGCGGGUCGGCGUUGGCAUCAAAUACGGGAUUCCUCAGACUAGGAGAGCGUCAAUGAUGUCGCCCAGACAAUUAAUGAGGAGCUCCAAUAUGACGCAGAAAUGGCAGCGAAGAGAAAUAUCGAAUUUCGAGUAUCUCAUGUUCUUGAAUACCAUUGCUGGACGAACUUAUAACGAUUUGAACCAGUAUCCGGUGUUCCCUUGGGUGUUGACUAAUUACGAGACGAAGGAGCUCGAUCUCAGUCUGCCUAGCAACUAUCGUGAUUUAUCAAAGCCAAUUGGUGCGUUGAACCCAAGCAGAAGAGCUUACUUCGAGGAACGCUUUCAAAGUUGGGAGCACGACAGUAUACCGCCUUUCCAUUAUGGCACGCAUUAUUCUACAGCCGCUUUUGUUUUGAACUGGAUGAUACGCGUGGAACCGAUGACAACGAUGUUCCUCGCGCUCCAAGGCGGGAAAUUCGAUCAUCCGAAUCGAUUGUUCUCCUCGAUCGCUCUCUCUUGGAAGAAUUGCCAACGCGAUACUUCGGAUGUCAAGGAGUUGAUUCCAGAGUUCUUCUUCCUACCAGAGAUGCUGGUGAACAGCAAUCGAUAUCGCUUGGGCAGACAAGAAGAUGGCAGCAUAGUCGGCGACGUCGAGUUACCCCCGUGGGCGUCGUCCCCGGAAGAAUUUAUACGAAUUAAUCGAAUGGCUCUCGAGUCGGAGUUCGUGUCCUGUCAAUUACACCAAUGGAUCGAUUUAAUAUUUGGCUACAAACAAAAAGGUCCAGAAGCGGUUCGUGCAACGAAUGUAUUCUAUUACUUAACUUACGAGGGUAGCGUGGAUUUGGAUACGAUAACUGAUCCAGUUAUGAGGGAAGCCAUAGAGAAUCAAAUAAGAAACUUCGGUCAAACACCCUCGCAACUUUUAAUGGAACCACAUCCUCCUCGAAGUUCAGCGAUGCAUUUGAUUACCCCAAAGUUUGACAAGACGUUGCCACCCGUUUUGCAGUCGCCGAUGAUGUUUUCGAGUAUCCCAGACGACAUCUGCAUGACCAUCAAGUUCCCAUCCAACUCGCCGAUUUGUCAUAUAUCGGCAAACACUUAUCCUCAACUACCUUUACCAUCCGUCGUUACAGUCACUACUGGACAGCAAUUCGCUGUCAACAGAUGGAAUACGAAUUACGCGGCAUCUGUACAAUCGCCGAGUUACGCGGAUACUCCACAAGCUCAAGCCGCUAAUCAGCCAUUGUCUAUGGAUCCAGUUCUGUCUCAAGCAGCGAAUAGUUCGAAUCCCGCCCUGCGUCGCCACUUGGGCGACAAUUUCAGUCAGAAGCUUAAGAUACGAAGUAAUUGUUUCGUCACCACUGUGGAUAGUAGAUUCUUGGUUGCUUGCGGUUUCUGGGACAACAGCUUCCGUGUAUUCUCUACCGAAACUGCAAAAAUUGUACAAAUAGUGUUCGGCCAUUACGGAGUUGUUACGUGUUUGUCACGCAGCGAAUGCAACAUCACGUCUGAUUGUUACAUAGCAUCGGGAAGUGCCGAUUGCACCGUUUUGUUGUGGCACUGGAAUGCCAGAACGCAGACGAUCGUCGGCGAGGGUGAGGCACCAGCGCCGAGAGCAACCCUCACAGGACACGAGCAACCUGUAACUGCAGUUGUUAUUUCCGCUGAACUGGGCUUGGUCGUUUCUGGAUCUUAUUAUGGGCCAGUUCUAGUGCACACGACCUUUGGCGAUCUUCUGAGAUCGCUGGAAGCACCAAAUGGAUUUUCUUCGCCAGAAAAUAUCGCCAUGUCGCGGGAAGGUGUUAUCGUUGUGAAUUACGAGCGUGGACACAUAGCGGCAUUCACUAUAAACGGGAAACGGCUUCGCCACGAGUCUCAUAACGAUAAUCUUCAGUGUCUACUUUUAAGCAGAGACGGCGAGUACUUAAUGACAGGUGGUGAUAAACGAAUCGUCGAAGUUUGGAGAACGUUCAAUCUUGCUCUCCUCUAUGCGUUCCCAGCUUGCGAAAGCAGUGUCCGUUCUCUGGCACUUUCGCAUGAUCAGAAAUUUUUGUUGGCUGGCUUGGCAAAUGGAUCGAUCGUGAUCUUCCAUAUCGAUUUCAACAGAUGGCACCACGAAUUCCAGCAACGCUACUGAGACUGCUUCGCGUACGUCUAGCAAAAUCGAACGAGGCACGAACGCGGUUCAUCUGUCGUUCGUCUUCCUUGCCCAACAUCGACAGAUUUCUCUCGGUCAUGGACGGGUCGUAACGGUAACAUCCAUUUAAAAGUCAGGUCUCGCAACAUCCGAUCGCGUGUACAAUACCAUUCAAACAGAUCAACGAUUCGAUCGUGACGUGUCGAAGAAGAAAGGGAAAAACGCACCGUGCAAUAUAAACAGCAGAGGAUUGGACGAAGCGUUUCGUCGUUAAGUUUCGAAUGAGAAGCGAUGAUGAACUCGGUCCGCUCUCGAGGAGUGUUUACAGAUAGGAGCAACGAGCAACGACGCUUUCGUAAUCGUUUAAUAACAAUCGAGUAGUGGGCUCAGAGAACAGUAGUCGCCGUGCAGCAGGUAUACUCACUCAGAUAUAUUAUAAAUAUUCAGCGUUUUAGCAAUAAACGGAACAGGAAAAAAAAAAAGUAAAAAAAUAAAAAUAAAAAUAAAAAUAAUUAAUAAUUCGCUUUCUUCGCGACUCUGUGGGAGAGAAUAUUCGAGUGCUUCCGUGUGAUGGCGCGCGACGCAAGCUCACGAAGUUUCGGGGGAACUGGCCAAGCUCGGGGCCGCUCGACUUAUUGAGCGCGAUUCUCGAUUCCGACGAAGCUCUCGAGCUUUCUAGCCAUGCGAAAAAACCGAGAGAGAGAGAAAGAAGAAAGAAUUCUAAAAAGAAAAAAAGAGAAGAAAAAAAUUCACAAGAACUAAUUGAAAAAAUGAAGUGUAAUCAUUCGCCAUUCUCAAAUCUCUCUCUCUCUGUCUCUCUCUCGAACCGCUAGUCAAUUACGAACACAAUUCGAAUCUAUCUAUCUGUAUCGCUUGAGAGAAUACUCGAAGGCCGAUUCUCUCGACUCGCCCCUUCGUUUCGAGGAACGAGCGAAUUCUUUUAAUCGUGAUCAGAAUAUCCUCGAAAGCGAUCAAAUCGGGCUCGCGACCAAGAAAAUCGCGAAUAAUCUCUCUGCGUGGUAUGCCAUGUUUAAAUUUCCUCCACUCAGGAAAUUCUUGCGUGUGGUUUGUAUGGGGCCCGGUGACUCGUGUCUAGCAACGUCCCGUGUGUAAAUACGAAAUUAUCUCUACGACGUAUAAAUAUACAUAUACAGAAACAAAAAAUAUACAUACAUAUUAUAUAUAUAUAUACAUUUAUAUAUAUAUAUAUAUAAUAUCUAUACAUGCACGCAUAAUUCCGUGCUAGGGUGUCGAGCGAAUGAGCGAUAGAUGAGAGAGAGAAAGAGAGAGAGAGAGAAAGAGAGAAAGAGAGAGAGAGAAAGAGAGAGAGAAAGAGAGAGAGAGAAAGAGAGGGAGAGAAAGAGAGAAUUUCCGCGCUAAUAAUUGCUGCUCGUGAUAAAUGAGACACUUUUUGGCUAAGCACACUUUAAUAAAUUUCGGUUUUACUGAGAUGUAAGAACGUAAACGACACACACGUACACACUCUGAUCACACAGAUAUCACACGUAUAUACACACAAAGUAUUAAUAUUUACAUAUACUUAAACAAGAAGUACACGUUUGCACAAAGAAAAAAAAAAAAAGGCAUUAUUGUCGCAAAGGGAGGGGGUGGGCGAUCGACGCUUUUUUUUUUUCUUUUCGCCGCGUGUACGCUGAAUCAUAUCCUGAAGGAAACGUCACACGUCACACUAAUAUAUAUAUAUAUAUAUAUACAUAUUAUCAAUCACCAAUAUGAUCAUAUACAUACACUCAAUCAUCAUCCCGCAACACUUCCUAUAAUCCCGAUAAUCACGUCCUUCGAAAGAGAUCCUAAUUUUUUAUCAAAGCCGUCCAGCUUAACUUUUUGCGAGGAUAUUUCUUGGUAUUUUCGCACGCGAUGUAUAAUUAAUCAGCAGAGAACGAAAGAAUUGUUAAAUAGGCUUUAAAAAAGAAAAAAAAGGAAAAAAAAAAAAAAAAAGAAAACGAGCGAGUCUGAAUCACGUGGAUUUACCCAGAAUCCGUUGGGAUCGAUUGUCGUGUGUGAGCGUGGUGGUCGCCCGUAUGAUGAUUCGAAUGAAGGGGGUAGAGGAAAAAAAUCAUGAGGAUUGACGAACGAGAAAUGGGAAGAAGGAGUCGUGUCGAUGCAAGUCGAAGAUCGAAGUCAAAUCGAAACAAAUGGUCGAGACAAAAGAAGAAGAAAGGGGAAGAAAGAAAUGUGGGAAGGAUGUUGUUCGAGAAAUAAUCCAUGAGACUCUCGUCUACUCGUCGUUUCGCUGUAUCACGAAUGCUAAUCAUUCUUUGUUUUUUCUUUUUUUUUUUUGAAACAACCGGUAUAAUUCGUUAUAUAUCGGGUGAAUUCGAAAUUUAUACACCGGGAUUAAAGAGGAACGCGCGUAUGCACAGCUUUCAAUUGCGAUAUUGCGAUAUUGUUAUUCGAUCAUACGUCAACAUUGUAUGGCAGAGUAUCGCUUCAAGUGAAGCGAAUCGACGAAGCGAGUCGUCCUUUUCACGCGCACGCUUGUUAGAUCCGUAGAUCUCGAUAUGUUUCCCUUUGGUAAAAAAUUCGUUCGGCGAUUUCUCGAUCAAAAGAUUGGCCUUCGUGAGCGUGAGCGUUGAACGGCAAGGGAGACGAGAAGGAAAUAGGAGAGGGGGGAGUGUGUAAAUGGGGGCGAGCUGUGUAAAUGAGAAUAAUUCGGAGCGAGAGUUUUUGCGGUUACGUCGGUAAUCCAGCCACGUGACAUAUCUCGCGAGUUCGAUACUUAAUUUUUACGCAAUUUCUGCCAUUUCGUCCGGGAACGUACUUAACAAUCAACAAUAAUCAAAAAAAGAAACGGAUUAAUAGAGGAAGUUUUCUGCGUUGCGCGAAUAAAACGCGAUAAAACACGUCUCAGGAUGCUUCUAGUCAAGAAUCGUGGCGAAUAAAACGUGGCUGAUUAUCGACGAAAUCUCGAAUUCCUUAGAUGUCGUUGAUUAACACUUGAAAUGAAAAAAGAAAAAAAAGGAAAAAGAAAAAAAAAAGAAAUCAUGUUACAUGAUACUCUCUACGUGGUAGGUGUAAAGUAUAAGUGCAUGAUGCCGUCGUUCUAGCGAUCAAUCACUCUUGAGCUUGCGAAACAAACAAACAAACAAACAAAGAAAGGAGGAGAGGGAAAAAAAUGUGUCGUGAUGUAUAACGUUGUAAUAAGGGAUUUAUUAUAAACGUUUUUUAGUGUCGGUUCUUGUAUCGUGCACGCCACGUGGCUCGCCACCGUGGUCUCGUUAAUCGUACAAUUUAUACACGCAUAGGACAAUGUUACGUGUGCAACAACGUGUUAAAAACAUUGGUAUUAUAUCGCUACUUAUAUCGUUAUGAGCGUGCUUAUUGCAUGGUUGUUCGUGUCGUUUCGUUCGUAUGUCAAAGGGGGAGAAAAGAAAUCUGCCAGCGAGGCGAACAGAAAUGGGGGAUAAAUGGAGGAAGAAAAGGGAUGAAAGACCGAGAGAGAAAGAGAGAGAGAGAGAGAGAGAAACGAGAAGAAUGGAUGUGCAUGCGUUUGCUACACAUGUGUAUGUAUGAGUGCGUGUAUGAGGAAGAGGAUUGUGCCUGGUGCUUUGGAUAACGUUAAUUUUUCGCGCACGCGUGGAGAUAGCUUGUCACACGUGCAACCUGUUCACACAUUGUGUACUUAAUGUACAGUCCGAGUAUUAUCGACACCUUAUUUUCACUACGAUGGAGUUAGGAAAAGGAAAAGGGAUAGAUGAAAAGAUUAAUAGAAAAAAAAAAAGAAAAAAAAAAAAAAGAGAAAACAAAAAGUGAGAAGCGCGGCAUAUUUACGUGUGACAUUUCGACUGUAUUCUGCUUUUAUCGAUAUAUACGAUGUUCUUUUUUCAAAUUUUUGAGUCUUUUUAAAGAACGCGAGAAGAAGCGGGAGAUUCGAACGAAUGUAUUGAAUCUUUCGAUGAUUCGCGAUUCAAAUGUGUAAAAUUAACGUCUCUAAAUACGCAUAAGAAUGAACAUCAAAGCAGAAGAGCAAUCUUGGUUGAAAUGUACCACGAUGAACGAAAAAGGAAAGACAAAAUAGAGAGAAAAGGAGGGCGAGAAAAAGAGAAAAAAAAAAGAAAAAAAAAGAGAACAAAAAGAUUUUAAAAAGAGGAGAUUUUUUAUAUUUGUUUAUAGGUUCGUGAGAAUGCUGCACUUUUCGAGCAAGUUGUUAGUAAAUUCCCUCCAUAUUACUAUAUAUAUAUAAUAUAUAUAAAAUAUAUAUAUAUAAAGGAAGUUAACAAACAAAACAAAAAAAAAAAAUCAAUUUUCUGUCCGUACUCGGUACACGUAAGAGUAACGCUACUAUUUUAAAUAACGCUAAGUACAACGCUACAACAAAGGUUUGCCUAUAUAAUUAUUAUUACAACUACAUUUUAUUCUCAUUAUUAAUUCAUAUGAUUAUUAUUAUUAAUUAUCAUUACUAUGAUUACGAGGUAUAUACAUAUAAUUGAUUAGUGCUCUCGACAUCGCACGCGUAAGUGGGUGCAUUUUGGCACGUGUACUUAUUAAUGAAUAAUGUAAUAAACUAAUCGCUCAACAUGCGAAACGACACGUUAGUGAAGAAGAACACGAUGAAGAAGAAAGAACAAAAAGAAAAUAAGAAAAUGAAAAAAAAAAAUAAAUAAAGAAACAGAGAUUUGUACAAUUGCAAAACGAGAUUAGGAUUCGUCCGAUGAUAUUCGUGUCUAGCCAAAAAAAUAAAAAAAAAAAAAAAAAAAAAAAA